AGCAGUAGUAGUAGUAGUAGUAGUAGUAGUAGUAGUAGUAGUAGUAAGGGAAGGAGUAUAGGUUUGUAGAGAAAAACACUUGCAGCAAAAGAGCAGCACUUGAAAGCAAAAAGAAGAAGACUGGGCAGAAUGGGAUCCUUUGACCACAAACUGGUUAUUAGAGCCUUGGUGGAGAGAGUGAUAACAGCAUCACUGAAAUGACAUAAGUUGGGUUGAAAAUGGAAGCCCAUGAAGAAAGGAAAAGAUAACAAUUGGAGCAAAGGAGUGCAUGAAUGGUUUUUCUUUGGAAGAAGCUGCUUUACAUAUGAUUAUGCUGAUUCUUAAGGUUCCAGGACUGAAUUGCAAAUUGUCUUUUCUCAGUUCAAUCAGUGGAUAUUUUCACCAUUCCUCGGAGAUAUUGAAGUUGGGAGACGGUGUGUGAUGGGAAAAGCAGCAAGUUUGGGUGUGUUUUUAGCCUUUGCAUUUUGGAUUAGUUUGCUGUCCUGCUGAAGAGAUUCUGCUUUUGAGGGUCAACUAUUGAAUGUGAUGGAUUUACCUUCAGAAAUGAGCAGACAUGGGAAAAAUCCAGUAAGUCACAAGUUAGAAGAUCAGAAGAAGAUUUACACUGACUGGGCUAACCACUACCUAGCAAAAUCUGGCCACAAGCGGCUGAUCAAGGACCUGCAACAGGACAUUGCAGAUGGAGUUCUGCUAGCAGAAAUCAUCCAGAUCAUUGCAAAUGAAAAGGUUGAAGAUAUCAAUGGCUGUCCCAGGAGCCAGUCUCAGAUGAUUGAAAACGUUGAUGUCUGCCUUAGCUUUCUGUCAGCCAGAGGAGUAAAUGUACAAGGUCUUUCUGCGGAAGAAAUAAGAAAUGGGAAUUUGAAAGCCAUUUUAGGACUGUUUUUCAGUUUGUCCCGCUACAAACAACAGCAGUACCAUCAACAACAAUACUACCAGUCCCUGGUGGAGCUCCAGCAAAGCAACCUGCACUCUUCUCCUCCAGCUGAAAUUAGCCAGUCCAAACCUCAUCAAGAUAUGCAGUCCAGUCUGACAGCCAGAUAUGCAACUCAGUCUAAUCACAGUGGGAUUUCAACCAGUCAAAAAAAGACUACUAGGCUUCCAGGACCUUCACGGGUGCCAGCUGCCGGCAGCGGGAGUAAGAUUCAAGGAGCCUCUAAUUUAAAUCGGAGAAGUCAAAGCUUUAAUAGCAUCGACAAAAACAAGCCUCCACAUUAUGCAAAUGGAAAUGAGAAAGAUUCACCCAAAGGCCCUCCGCCAUCUUCGGGUGCGAACGGCCACAUGCAACAUCCUACCAGCAGCGGGCAGCAGCCGGCCUCUGCCAUCCCUUCUCCAAGUGCCAGCAAGCCUUGGCGCAGCAAAUCCAUGAAUGUCAAGCAUAGUGCCACCUCCACCAUGUUGUCUGUGAAGCAGCCAAGUCCCGUCACCUCUCCCACUCUGGCCUCUGACAGGCUCAAGCCGCCUCCUUCAGAAGGGGCCAAGCCUCCCCCAGCCGGGCAGAAAUCCAUGCUUGAGAAAUUCAAGCUGGUCAACGCCCGGACCGCCUUGCAGCCCCCGCAGUCCCCAAGCUGCGGUCUGAACGACAGCGGGCGAGAAGAGGAUGGCCUGUCGGAAUGCGGCGAAAUGGACAGCUUGAACAGUGGCCUGAACAGCGGGGGCUCUGUCGGUAGCAGCCCCAAAGCGUCACCUAAAUUGACUCCUCCGAAGGCUGGAAGUAAAAAUCUCAGCAAUAAAAAGUCUUUGAUACAGCCAAAGGACAAAGAGGAAAAGAACAGGGACAAAAAUAAAAUUUGCACUGAGAAACUGGCCAAGGAAGAGAAGGAACCCGUCCCCGAGACCUCGACGAAAAAGACCUCCAAAAUCGCCAGCUUGAUCCCGAAGGGAAACAAGACCUCAACAGCCAAGAAGGAGAGCUUAAUCCCCUCCUCAAGCGGGAUUCCCAAACCCGGUUCAAAGGUGCCCUCCGCCAAACAGAGCCUUUCACCUGGCAGUGGGGCCAGUAAAGAGUCAGAAAAGUUCAGGACUACAAAGGGAAGCCAAUCCCAAACUGCCCCCAAGCCCCAAGUUGGAGAGAAGACAAAUGCAUCUGGAAGCCACGCUUCUUUGGAGGGAAAGGAGUUCAGCCCGGCUCUGACACCAACUUCUUGCGCUGCUGUCUCGGUGGCCACAAACAGUGGACAGAGUACGGGAAGUGCUGCUGUCCACCUCCCUCAGCACCAGCAAUACAGUCACCCCAACACGGCUACGGUAGCUCCCUUCAUUUAUAGCAGUACACGCCUGAAGAAAUCCACCAGAGCACACCCAGAACAUGACAGUACGUCUCUGCCACCCUCUGACUCCUGCACCAGCCCCACAAAAAUGGAUUUGUCCUACAGUAAAACAGCCAAACAGUGUUUAGAGGAGAUAUCAGGGGAAGACCCAGAAACAAGAAGAAUGAGAACAGUUAAGAAUAUAGCAGAUCUGAGGCAGAAUUUGGAAGAAACUAUGUCAAGUCUUCGAGGGACACAGAUAAGCCACAGCACGCUGGAGACGACUUUCGACAGCACCGUGACAACUGAAGUGAACGGAAGGAGCAUCCCGAGCCUGACAAGCCGGUCCACCCCAGUGACAUGGAGGCUAGGCCAGGCCAGCCCACGGCUCCAGGCUGGAGAUGCCCCAUCUCUCGGGGGCAGCUACCCCAGGGGCAGCGCCAGCCGGUUCAUCCACACUGACCCGUCCCGGUUCAUGUACACAACUCCUCUGCGCCGGGCGGCUGUCUCACGUCUGGGGAACAUGUCCCAAAUGGACCUGAGUGAGAAAGCAAGCAACGAUCUGGAUUUGGCCUCUGAAGUUGAUGUGGGAGGCUACAUGAGUGAUGGUGACAUCCUUGGGAAGAGCCUCCGGGCAGAUGACAUCAACAGUGGAUAUAUGACAGAUGGAGGACUAAACCUAUAUACUAGAAGUCUGAAUCGAAUCCCGGAUUUAUCAACAUCCCGAGAUGUCAUCCAGAGAGGGGUCCAUGAUGUGACGGUGGAUGCGGAUAGCUGGGAUGAUAGCAGCUCAGUAAGUAGUGGCCUCAGUGACACCCUAGACAACCUCAGCACAGAUGACCUGAACACCACCUCAUCUGUCAGCUCAUAUUCCAAUAUUACAGCCCCUUCAAGGAAAAACACCCAGCUGAAAACAGAUUCCGAGAAGCGUUCAGUAUCAGACGAGACCUGGGGCAGCACGGAAGAGCUGAAGAAGCCAGAAGAAGACUUAGAGAGCAGUGCAGACAGUGGUGGCAAGUGGAAAGCCAUGCCUUCAGGGCUAUCUGAAGAUUCGGAGAAAGGAGGACAAAAAGCAUCGCUGCCUGUCUCCAACACAGGAUCCUGGAGAAGGGGCAUGUCUGCCCAAGGAGGAACACCAUCUAGGCACAAAGCUGGGGCAACCUCUAUUAAGAAUCCUGGGAAAACAGAUGAUGCAAAAGCCUCCGAAAAAGGGAAAUCCCCGCUAAAGAGCACUUCUAUUCAGCGCUCUCCUUCAGAUGCAGGAAAAAGUAGCGGGGAUGAAGGGAAAAAGCCUCCGGCGGGCCUUGGAAGGUCAACGGCUACCGGCUCCUUUGGCUUUAAGAAGUCUGUGGUCGGGUCAUCCACUAUAAUCACGGCAAGUGGGGCCACGGUCACCAGUGGGUCGGCGACCCUCGGAAAGAUCCCCAAGUCGGCGGCCAUUGGAGGGAAAUCCGGCGCAGGGCGGAAGACCAGCUUGGAUGGCUCGCAGAAUCAAGAUGACGGGGUGCUGCAUGUCCACUCGAAGGGCACGCUGCAAUAUCGGAGCCUGCCUCGUCCCUCCAAGUCGAGUCCCAGUGGCAUCCCCGGCCGAGGCGGGCACCGGUCUAGUACCAGCAGCAUAGACUCCAACGUCAGCAGCAAAUCUGCGGGCACCGCUACCUCCAAGCUGAGGGAGCCAACCAAGAUUCCCGGAUCCGGACGGUCCAGCCCGGUCCCUGUCAAUCAGACCGAUAAGGAAAAGGAGAAAGUGGUGGGGUCUGAUUCUGAGAGCGUCUCCUUGUCGAGCUCACCCAAGUCGAGUCCCACCUCUGCCAGCACCUCAGGAGCCCAGGGUCUCAGGCAACCUGGAUCCAAAUAUCCUGACAUAGCUUCACCCACCUUUCGGAGGCUGUUUGGUGCCAAGGCAGGGGGCAAGCCCUCCUCUGCAGCAACUACAGAGGGGGUGAAAUCCACCUCAGCGAUGCCCAGCCCAAGUGGCACGUUAGCCCGACAAGGCAGCCUGGAGUCUCCGUCGUCGGGCACGGGCAGCAUGGGAAGUGCCGGCGGGCAGAGUGGGGGCAGCAGCCCCCUUUUCAGCAAACCCUCAGACCUAACCACAGACGUGAUCAGCUUGAGCCAUUCCUUGGCCUCCAGUCCGGCCUCGGUCCACUCUUUCACGUCGGGAGGUCUCGUCUGGGCAGCCAACCUCAGCAGCUCCUCCGCGGGCAGUAAAGACACCCCAAGUUAUCAGUCGACAACCAGCCUCCACACCAGUUCCGAAUCGAUCGACCUCCCUCUCAGCCACCAUGGCUCUCUGUCCGGAUUGACCAUGGGCACCCAGGAGGUCCAGAACCUGCUCAUCAGGACCGGGAGCGUGAGAUCUACUCUUUCAGAAAGAUACACCCCGUCGUCCCGGCAAAGCAGUCAAGAGGAAGGAAAGGAGUGGUUGCGUUCUCACUCGACUGGAGGCCUGCAGGAUACUGGGAGUCAAUCUCCUCUCAUUUCCCCUUCUGCUAUGUCAUCCUCUGCCACAGGAAAAUACCAUUUUUCCAAUUUAGUGAGUCCUACUAAUCUGUCUCAAUUUAACCUACCUGGACCCAGUAUGAUGCGUUCAAACAGCAUCCCAGCACAAGACUCUUCGUUCGAACUAUACGAUGAUUCCCAGCUGGGUGGUAGUGCUACAUCUUUAGAGGAGAGACCACGAGCAAUCAGUCAUUCGGGAUCGUUCAGAGACAGUAUGGAAGAAGUUCAUGGCUCUUCCUUGUCAUUGGUUUCCAGUACCUCAUCCCUCUACUCUACCGCUGAAGAAAAGGCACAUUCAGAGCAAAUUCAUAAACUGCGGAGAGAACUGGUAGCAUCACAAGAAAAGGUCGCCACCCUCACAUCUCAACUCUCAGCAAACGCUCAUCUAGUAGCAGCAUUUGAAAAGAGCUUGGGAAAUAUGACUGGCCGGCUGCAAAGUCUAACCAUGACAGCAGAACAAAAAGAAUCUGAGCUUAUAGAGCUCAGGGAAACUAUUGAAAUGCUGAAAGCCCAGAAUUCUGCUGCCCAGGCUGCUAUUCAAGGAGCUCUCAAUGGCCCAGAUCAUCAACACAAAGAUUUGCGUAUUAGACGACAACAUUCUUCUGAAAGCGUUUCCAGCAUCAACAGUGCUACAAGCCAUUCCAGUGUUGGCAGUGGAAAUGAUGCUGAUUCCAAGAAAAAGAAGAAGAAAAACUGGGUGAACUCUAGAGGAAGUGAGCUGAGAAGCUCAUUCAAGCAAGCCUUUGGGAAGAAAAAAUCCACAAAGCCGCCUUCCUCCCAUUCCGAUAUCGAAGAGCUGACAGAUUCCUCCCUUCCGUCGUCCCCCAAGUUGCCCCAUAGCUCUGCAGAGUGUGGGGCAGCCUCCAUGAAGCCUUCCCAUUCCACUUCUGCGAUCUGUGAAUGCACAGAAGCAGAGGCUGAGAUUAUUCUGCAGCUGAAGAGUGAGCUGAGAGAGAAGGAACUGAAGCUGACAGAUAUCCGUCUGGAGGCCCUCAGUUCUGCUCAUCAUCUUGACCAGAUCAGGGAAGCCAUGAACAGAAUGCAGAAUGAAAUUGAAAUAUUGAAAGCUGAAAAUGAUCGUCUAAAGGCAGAAACUGGCAAUACCGUGAAGCCUCCUCGCCCAUCAUCUGAAUCUUCGAGUAGCACCACCUCCUCUUCAUCCCGGCAGUCGUUAGGACUUUCUUUGAACAAUUUGAACAUAGCAGAUUCGGUUACCUCAGAUAUUUUAUUGGAUGAUGUUACCGAUGGUACUAUUCACAAAGAUCACAAAGAUGGCCGCAGUGUUAAAAUUAUCGUCUCCAUAAGCAAGGGCUACGGUCAGUCAAAGGAUCAGAAGUCUCAGGCAUACCUAAUAGGAUCAAUUGGUGUCAGUGGGAAGACCAAGUGGGAUGUUUUAGAUGGUGUAAUCAGACGGCUAUUUAAGGAAUAUGUUUUCCGAAUCGAUACGGCCACUAGCCUUGGUCUGACCUCCGACUGCAUUGCAAGCUACUGUAUAGGAGAUUUGAUCAGAGCACAUAGCCUAGAAGUGCCUGAACUGUUACCUUGUGGAUAUCUAGUGGGAGAAAACAACAUCAUCACUGUGAACCUUAAAGGGGUGGAAGAAAACAGUUUGGAUAGUUUUGUUUUUGAUACACUGAUUCCUAAACCAAUUACCCAGAGGUACUUUAAUUUGUUGAUGGAACAUCACCGAAUAAUUCUGUCGGGACCCAGUGGCACGGGAAAAACCUACUUAGCUAACAAACUUGCUGAAUAUGUAAUAACCAAGUCAGGCAGGAAAAAAACAGAGGAUGCAAUCGCCAUUUUUAAUGUGGACCACAAGUCAAGUAAGGAACUGCAGCAGUAUUUAGCUAAUCUUGCUGAGCAGUGCAGUGCUGACAAUAAUGGUGCAGACCUCCCUGUUGUAAUAAUUCUAGAUAAUCUCCAUCACGUUGGCUCUUUGAGUGACAUCUUCAAUGGUUUUCUCAACUGUAAAUACAACAAAUGCCCCUAUAUUAUUGGAACAAUGAACCAAGGUGUGUCAUCAUCGCCAAAUCUAGAGCUGCAUCACAACUUCAGAUGGGUCCUAUGUGCUAAUCACACAGAACCAGUGAAAGGUUUUCUGGGUCGAUAUCUGAGAAGGAAACUGAUAGAGACUGAGCUAGAAAGGAAUAUUCGCAAUACUGACCUCAUCAAAAUUAUAGACUGGAUUCCUAAAACAUGGCAUCACCUCAACAGCUUUUUAGAAACUCAUAGUUCUUCUGAUGUGACCAUCGGUCCCCGCCUUUUCCUUCCUUGCCCAAUGGAUGUAGAUGGCUCUAGGGUAUGGUUCACUGAUCUCUGGAACUAUUCUUUGGUACCAUACCUUCUGGAGGCAGUGAGAGAGGGCCUUCAGAUGUACGGAAAGCGGGCACCUUGGGAAGAUCCCUCAAAAUGGGUCAUUGAUACCUACCCAUGGAGCUCGGCCACACAGCAGUCCGAGUGCCCACCUUUACUUCAGUUAAGACCAGAAGACGUCGGGUAUGAAGGCUACACGUCGGCUAAGGAAGGAAUGACAUCGAAGCACAUUCCCCAGACUGAGUCAGAUGGGGACCCCUUGAUGAAUAUGCUAAUGAAGCUUCAAGAAGCAGCCAAUUACUCGAGUGCACAAAGCUGUGACAGUGAUAGCACCAGUCACCACGAUGACAUUUUGGAUUCAUCUCUUGAGUCAACUCUCUAGAGGGGAUAAAGUUAGAGGAUUAGAGCAAAAAAUAAAAAACAUAAAAAAAAUAAAAAAUCCAUUUCCACUCAACCACUGCCAGUAUUAAAGCUGUUCGCUGAGGUCCCUGACCACGAAUGGUGUGCUGCAACGAGACAGGAGAUUUAACUCUGAAAAGCCAAGAUGCUAAAUUGAAGUGGAAAGCUUGAAUUAGUUUUAUUUCCAGGUGUUUCAGAAUCAGUGGAGUCACGUGAGGCUCCGGUAUAACUGGAAAGGGCCCAAGGCAAAGGGCGACUAAGCAGAUUGCACAUGGGUAAACCAAACUGGAAUUUUAGUUCUUUUUAAAAGUUUACAGUGCAAACCUUUAGUUUGAUUCUCUUAUGUUUUUUUUUUUCUCUCCUUUUGUUUAUGCCGGGGUUUCUGCAUUAGGGAAGCAGCUCCUUGAUCUUCUAGGCCUGCCCUAAUGUCCAUCACGCCCAAUGGUGCUGGUCACAUGAUCCAGGAGUGUUUGUGCUGUUAGCUACUGACCAUUCCCCAAUGAAUCAGAAAGAAUAGUCCUCAUAAGCACAAGCAGUAUUUAUUGUGCAAUCGCCAGAAAGCACUACUGUGAGAUGCUAGAUAAGUGCCAAUAUCAUCCUUAACUGCCAUGUUCACAGUGAUGUGCUCCACCAACUUUUUAGCAGACAGGUUACAGGUUUUAUAAAGUUGUUUUUACCGCAAUGGUCUUUUUUAACAACCAGCCCACUCCUGAACAACCGUUUUAUACCGAUUAUUAUUGAUCACUGACAAAAGGCUUUCUAGGGCUUCGUGUGUUUGAGCCUUUUCAGUGAAAGAAAGAACAUUUCCUAUGGUGCUGUCUCACUGCCUUAAAACAGAUUUCAAGACCAGUUUUACAGUUGGUUUCAUGCCUGAACCACUGGUAAAUUUGAACUGUCUUUUCAUUUAUAACGAGACACGUCAAUGGACACAAUAGCCUCAUAUCUGUAUAUCAUGAUUUUUUAAGUAAAUGGAUGGGGAAAAAAAAAAUCAGUAUUUUUUAUCUUGCGAAUAGAUUGUUCUGCCAGUCCUCAUGAAUAGACAAGUUAACUUGGAAGUUUGCUGUCACCACUGCUGAAAGCCGAGGCAGACAGAGAAAGGUCCAGCCAAGUCCCGUGGAAGGGAGUUUUUGAAGGAUGGGAAUUCUCAUCGAACAGAGCUGGAAGCACUUGAUGCAGCAUGAGCACAACCAUUUUAUUUUCCCUCCCCUUUCCUUUUUUUUAAAAAUAAUUUUACGCAUGUGGUUUUGAUUGCUAUUGUUGUACAUGAGAAAUUCAGCAUUAAAGAACACUGAAGCAGUGAUGUCCACUGUGGAGGAGGAAAAGUUUAUACUGUAAAAGAGGGUUAGUUUUGCACAGUCUACUGGGUGGGUGUUGUAAAUAAAAAGCCUUGCACAAAUCGAAACAAACAACAAAAAAAAUGUAUUUUAUCCUCUUGGUGUUAAGAGAUGUUUCACUUGCUGAGAUUUCCUGUAUGUUGCAAACAAAUACAGAAUGCAGACCUUAAAGUUGUUUUUACCUGGUGUGUUUGUCCUGUAUUUACAGCUGUAAUGACUAUGCAGGAGUUAUUAAUGCUAGAGAGAGCACGUUUCCAAAUCCUUAUGUGAAGCCAGUACAUUUUCCCGAAAUUGAAAUUGCUUUCAGGUUGCCUCGGUAAUGGCAGGCUAAAAUCACAGUGCCUGAAAAAAAAAAAGAGAGAAAGAGAUCAGAGUAAUUGGAAGAGUUACCACCACAACAGAUAUACCUAAUGGCAAACAAAUAAUCCAAGGGCUCGGGUAUCGUGUAGACACGCGCUUAUUCUCUUCAGGGUAUGCAAUUGGUGCUUCCUUUUGUGGCCAUCUGGUGGUGAUUUGCUACAAAAGAAGAACAAAGAAAUCACUGCAAAUUUCAGUGGCGCUAACUCCCAAGGAUCCAACACGGUGCUUUCGGCCUAACUCAAACAUUGAUUGUACUUAUGCACGUAGAAUGUUGUCGAGCAGUCUUGAGGGCCCCCGUGAUAGAUGGGUUUCUAUUACAAAACAUCAACACACGUAGCAGGCUGAGAGAUGUUGCCCUUGUACAAUACAUCGUCUGAAGAGAUCUUCAAACCUUUUCCUGCCAUUUCGGAGACACACGCAAACACGAUCGAAGCAUUAACGUACACAGAACCUCCUGCAAUGCAUCUCAGUACGUCCAUCUAGUUUACAACUUUAAAUUCUUCGUGAAACAUUUGUCUGUAUACAUUUUAUAUUUUGUACAUUUUUGAUGUAACAUAUCAUGUAAAUAGACAGAAACAGUGAAAGAAAUCAUCUGAAAAGUUUUGUAGUCUUUGUAAAGCCCUAAUGAUAAGUAUUUGGUGUCAUCGGACUUAACUGGAUGAUGUAUUUUCUAUUGGUUUAUUGUUCCUCUAGCUUGAAAACCGGCUUGCAUAUAUAUUUUUUUUUUUUUGCAAAUGUGCGCACUGUAUCUGUCUAAAUUAUUACUUUGCCAUUAAAGUGAAAUUAUUUAUUGAAAA